UCAAUCUUUCUAGUGUCAUAAUUGUUAAAUUAUAGGUUACCUAGUUAUUUAACAUUUACGGCGAACUAUAUAAAAAUACAAUAUACUUAAAAUAAUUGUUAUCCAUAUCAUGAACGUAAUUUUAUAAAAUGCGGAUUGGUUGGAUCCAAAAGUUAGUGAAUAAAUGGCCUGGAAAGAAAAUAUUUGGUAUAUAUAGAUUUCUUCCUAUGUUUUUUGUACUUGGUGCAGGUUUGGAAUUUUCUAUGAUUAACUGGAGAGUUGGAGAAAUCAAUUUCUAUAAUACAUUUAAGAGGAGUCAAGCUAAAUCAAUAGUCGAGUCUAAAAUUGAAAAAUAUUCUGUGCAAUAAGAUGCCUGCUGGAGUCUCUUGGGGUCAAUACAUUACUUUCUCUGUAUCAGCCAUGUUGUCAAUGCUAGCUGGAUCUCAACUAGUACAUCUCCAAUAUAAGCCA